GUGGGUGGGUCUUCGAGCCUGCAGCACUGAGGAGGCUCUGGAUGCGCCGCUAUCCAUAACAUCACAUAGGAUGGAAGAUAUGCGAAUGCUGGGUUUUUUGGAGAUUCUGCCGGGACACUUUCAAGCCCAACAGGCGUCCAUUUAGCCAACUGUACUCCGUAUCUGCGCCGAGGGCCGCAUGUCCCCACCGGUGUCACAGUGCAUUUGAACAUCAGGUAAGGUUACGAUGGGUCUAAGUGUACGGUGAGCCCUCCAAUGGGCUGACCAAAGCAAAACUACAAACCUCAGAAAUCCAGGAAUUAGCCGCUUCCCGCUCGUCGCCAACGUUGGAACACCUGGAAAUAUGGGAAUGUGUUGACUCACCAGCAGCUGUGGAUUUUAGGCCGAGCGGAGGGAGAGAUCUGACUUUGAUGUGCGGAGACGUCGCAGCUCCAUUCCUGUGCUAUGAGACACCUGGACACCGAGUGACCGCAGCGGGACUGAGAGCGGAAGAGUAGUCGGUGAAACAGAGACGACAACAUGAAGGAGAAAUCUAAAAAUGCCGCCCGGACUCGACGGGAAAAGGAAAAUAGUGAAUUUUAUGAACUAGCUAAACUCUUGCCACUGCCCUCCGCCAUCACCUCCCAGCUGGAUAAAGCCUCAAUCAUCCGGCUCACAACAAGCUACCUGAAAAUGAGAAUAGUCUUUCCUGAAGGCCUGGGGGAGUCCUGGGGUCAUGUGAGCCGCAGCACUUCUCUGGAUGGAGUCAGCCAGGAGCUAGGCUCGCAUCUCUUACAGACAUUAGACGGCUUCAUUUUUGUGGUUGCUCCAGAUGGGAAAAUAAUGUACAUAUCAGAAACAGCAUCAGUGCACUUGGGCCUGUCACAGGUAGAGUUGACGGGAAACAGCAUUUAUGAAUACAUUCAUCCAGCAGACCAUGAUGAAAUGACAGCCGUCCUAACAGCACACCAGCCUUACCAUUCACACUUUGUUCAUGAAUAUGAAAUGGAACGCUCCUUCUUUCUGAGAAUGAAAUGUGUCCUCGCUAAAAGAAAUGCUGGGCUUACCUGUGGAGGCUACAAGGUGAUCCACUGUAGCGGCUACCUGAAGAUCCGUCAGUACAGCCUGGACAUGUCUCCAUUUGACGGCUGCUAUCAGAACGUGGGGCUGGUGGCCGUCGGUCACUCGUUGCCACCUAGUGCUGUCACUGAGAUCAAACUGCACAGCAACAUGUUCAUGUUCAGAGCCAGCCUGGACAUGAAGCUCAUCUUCCUCGACUCGCGGGUUGCAGAGUUGACAGGCUACGAGCCUCAGGAUCUAAUCGAGAAGACUCUGUAUCAUCAUGUCCACAGCUGUGACUCCUUCCACCUGCGAUGUGCUCAUCACUUGUUGCUGGUGAAAGGUCAGGUCACCACUAAGUACUACCGUUUCUUGGCCAAGCAUGGUGGCUGGGUCUGGGUUCAGAGUUAUGCAACCAUCGUACACAACAGCCGCUCAUCCCGACCGCACUGCAUUGUUAGUGUCAACUAUGUUCUCACGGAGACAGAGUAUAAAGGCCUUCAGCUUUCUCUGGACCAGGCCACGUCCAAGGCCUCUUUCCCCUACAGCAGCAGCACCGCCAGCAGCCUUACGGAGAACUGCAGAACUCCGAAGAGCAGAGUAUCACGGCCCAAGACCAAAGCUAGACUCUCGCCAUACACACAGUAUCCUAGUUUCCAGACAGAGCGCUCAGAGUCUGACCAGGACAGUCCCUGGGGCAGCAGCCCUCUCACUGACUCAGCCUCCCCUCAGCUGCUGGAGCACGGUGAAGGCCUGGAUGCCUCCUGCGUGUACAGGCAGUUCACCACUGAUCCCCGCACGCUCUGCUACAGCUUGUCUGAAGAGCACCAUCACCCCACCAGCGACGGUUACACACACCUCCACGCACAUGGUCAAGGUCAAAGUUGUGAGCGAGGUCGAUGUGAGGCGGGGCGUUAUUUUCUAGGAGCACCUCCGCCUGGCAGAGACACGUGGUGGAGCACCACCCGGUCUGUCCUACCGUUGAGCAAGAGCUCCUUGGAGAACCGUGAGGGAUGUGACAGCAGCAUGCCACACAUCACAGCCAUCCACAGCUACCAUGGCCGGGGCCAGUGGGAAGAGGACAGUGUGGUUAGCUCCCCAGAUGGGGGCUCAGCCAGUGACUCAGGGGAUCGAUACCAGGCUGACCACUACCGCUGCAGCCCACAGGAACCCAGCAAGAUUGAGACACUGAUCCGAGCCACACAGCAGAUGAUCAAAGAAGAAGAAAGUCGACUUCAGCUGCGUAAAGGCCCUCCAGAUGCCCCACUGGGGCCCGCCAAUGGGCUGCCAAAGGGUGCUGGUCCUUGCUUUACUUCUGAGUAUCCUCAAGGGCCCCUGCCGAUACAGACUGUGGUGUGUCGAGGUUUGAGUCAUGUUAUCAGCCCUGCACCUAGUCCUGCCCCCCUGUCCAGGCUCAGCAGUCCAGGUUCUGAACGCCUUCACAAGGCCAAAGACUACCUCCAAACAGACCUGUCCCCCCUUUCUUUGCCAUUGCACCAUCCAUUUGGUCGGCCGGGUCCAUGCUCGGCUUCCCCCACCUCAGCGCCAGCCCUUUACCCCUCCCACACUCACCCACGGCCCUACUCGGACAAGCAUAAAGCCUACUCCCUGACAGGCUACACUCUGGAGCACCUGUAUGACCCAGAGAGCCUUCGGGGCUACUGCACCUCAGCCAGCACGGGCCCCACCCACUACGAUAUGACCCCUCACCUCCGCAUACAGGCAGAACAGACCCCCGGACAUAAAGGCACCUCUGUCAUUAUCAGCAAUGGCAGCUAACAGUCAUCGAUCACACGCAGUGGAACUGCGGUCACACAGCCUGAGCUGGUUACAACAUUGGUACAACAUUAAGCCAUCGAUAUUCUUAAUCCUGUUAACCUGUUUUUCCAUCAUACUGAUCAGUUUCUUCAAAUGGUUGCUUCAAGAGGGAACAACAAGAUAACAUCAUUAUAUCAGUGCCUAUAAUUCUGGUAAAUCAUGCUUUUUUUAUUGCAGCUUUUCAUCUAAGAUUGUUACUUUGAGUCAUUUGUUUGCUUCCCUUGGCCCAUAGACCAGACAAGAUUUUGGCCUCUCUGCAUGCAUAGGGGGCGGCAUGGUGAUGUAGUGGUUAACACUGCUGCCUCACAGGUUCCUAGUACGAACCCAGGAGGGAGCCCCUCUGUGCGGAGUUUGCAUGUUCUCCCCGUGUCAGCGUGGGUUUUCUCUUGGUACUGCGGCUUCCUCCCACAGUCUAAAGACAUGCAGGUUGGGGACAGGUUAAUUGGUAACUCUAAAUUGUCCAUAGGUGUGAAUGGUUGUCUGUCUCUAUGUGUUAGCCCUCCGAUAGUCUAGCGUCCUGUCCAGGGUGUACCCUGCCUGCCCAAUGUCAGCCGGGAUAGGCUCCAGCCCCCCUGCGACCCUUGAGAGAAUUUAAGCGGUUUACGGAAAUGAAUGAAUGAAUGACUGAAUGAAUGAAUGUAUGCAUAGGUUAAUUUUCAAAGAAGUGAGACCCAGUCCAAAACAGACCUGGACCUGAAGUGACCCAAAGAGAGUUAGACCUGUUGCUUAGUUUACCCAAACAGACCCAAAUAAAGAGAGAACACCAACACUAACAGCAGCAAAAUGCUUCACCAGUAAAUGAGCAGCCAGUGUCACAUAUAGGGUAAAGGGUUUUCUAAUAGUGAGUUUGUUUGCAUGUGAGUGUUGCCAGACAUUGCUAAUAUGCCCUUAUUCUGCAGUGGUGAUUUCUUCUGCAUGGGCCACAGGCUGCCUUUGUGGUUGUCAGGAUGCUCACGAUUUGUUCACAACUUAAGUUUCAUGCUAACAAUCAAUCAAACAAAUCAUCAAAUAAAAAAGAACACUGACGAUCAGCCACAACUGGCACCAUUCUGCACUAAUAUUAGAGGAGCGAUAACAGGUGUAGCAACAUCGCUGCUUGACUUGAGUUAAAUUACAGGUGUCAUAUGCCAACGGGGGGGGGAGCAACAUGGAAAUAUGUCAAAAUGUGUGUCAUGCAUAAAUCAGCAAUAACAAUAUAACAUUAGCUAGUUAGCUACCAAGAUAUUAGCAUACUUUUAUUUUGUUUUGCUUGUUAUAAAGUAAAGGACCAUAAUACAUUGAAACAGCAUUAAACUAAGAUAAUUUCUGAUAAUACUCAGUUUGGAGUCUGCCUCUGAAAACCCCCAUUUGGAGGACCAUGAUUCCCUAACACUUAACCCUACCCCUCAAUCCCAACAAGAAUCAAGACCCCAUCCACCAAGAUGUCAAGAUACAAAACAAUCAAUGUUUAAUCAUUAACAUUUUUAACACAAUAUUAAUGUUUUUAUGUACAAACUCAAAAUAUCAACAAGUCUUCCUCAUUAAAGGACAAAAUGUGUUGUUUGUUCAUGUCCUCUAGAGUAACAACACAAGGAAGAAUUUUCUAACCUGAUGCCCCAGUCAACAGGGCAGUCAUUAUUAUUUGUCUGUGCCAACCAAAUCGAGUUUGGGAAAGAUCAUUGUUUGGAUUACAAUAAAUACUUCAUUAAAGUUAGGUGACCUUCCUGGUUAGGGUUCAAAUAACUUAUUGAUUAGGGUUAGGGACCUUCAUCGUCAUGGUUACAAUACAGUAGGCUAAUAAGAAGGUGGUUAAGAUUAGAGAACAAUCCUGGUAAACCUGGUCUCACAGAUAUACACUGUAAAAAGAAGCUGUUUCAAUUUGUGACCAUGUUGCCAUAAUUUUUUUUUAGUUCACUAUAUCUGAGAAGACAUAUUGAAUAAUUACACAGUUACCUCAACUUCAUCUUCAUCCUCUUGAGGGUUGCGGGGGGGCUGGAGCCUAUCCCAGCUACAUCGGGUGAGAGGCAGGGUACACCCUGGACAGGUCGCCAGACUAUCGCAGGGCUGACACAUAGAGACAGACAACCAUUCACGCUCACAUUCACACCUACGGACAAUUUAGAGUUACCAAUUAACCUAGUGUAGUCUAUUAACCUAGAACAUGCAAACUCCGCACAGAAGGGCUCCCACGCCCAGGAUCGAACCGGCAACCCUCUUGCUGUGAGGCGAGAGUGCUAACCACCACACCACCGUGCCCUCUUGCUGUGAGGCGAGAGUGCUAACCACCACACCACCGUGCCGCCCAGUUACCUCAACUUGUCCUCUCAAAUUGAGUCAACUUGAAAAUUUUAAGGCAGCCCAGACAUAAUUUUUUUUUAAGUUAAAAUAAAUAGUUUCUUUUAACAGUGUAUGUGAAAUGACCAUGACCUGAUAACACCGCAUUAAGUGGUAGUUGCAUGUAAUGUGUUAAAAUCACACACUGGCUCCAGAAUUCCCUGGUUCAGUGAUGUCAAGCAAUGGGCAGUGGUUAAUGUUACGACUGUAUAUGUACAGAGCAAGAAAGUCUGUGUAGGGAGGAAGGUUUGAGUGGUUGAUUGGUUAAACAAACACAGGACUUUCACCCAGGAUACUGUUGUUCACAUCCCAUGUAAAACCCAAAGCAAUGACUUCUUUUAACUGAAGAUACUUAUGUCCUUGAUGUUCAUGACUUUACAAUGUAUUUAUGUCCUUUACAUAGCAAAUGUAGUUACUUUUACAGUAAGCACAAUCUUUCUCUGACCUUAACCAAGUAGUUUUGAUGCCCAAACCCAACUGUGUUGCCACCAUGUAAUUUAACAUGACUUCCUUCUUUGUUUCCGUCAUAAUUGUUGUUAAACAUUAUUACAGCUGCUACAGAGCUUUGUCACUUGAACGUAAACAUAAGUUGUUUUGGGACACUUUCUGAAACAACUGAUGCUGCUGCUCCUCAGAGGACUCCAAAAUAUACAUAAAAACCUAUGAAUGGAAGAAGACUCAAUAAUGCCACAUCUUUAAUGAGACAGCUGUUUAUUUGACCAGACUGCUGUCACAGCUGUCAGACAAACAGAGAAUGGAUAGCACAGCAAAACUCUACCCCACAGUACAUUCUUUUCCUGCCAGUGUCUCAUUACAGUGUGUUAAUAAACAAACAAUACUUUGAUAAAAAUCAAUCAGUAUGAUGGAAAACAGGGCUGGGUAGAUAAUGGCUGGAGUUGUACUUCAACAUUCAUCCCAGUGUGUGUAACCUUUUGCACUAGAAAAGAUGGAGUUUGUGUAAAAAGGGUCUCCUUGUUCUUCAAUGCAUUUGGAUGAGGAGAAGUGACAGGGUUGGGUAUGGUGCACUUUGCACUGAUACAGAUGAAACUUACAGAACAGGUUGGCCCUGAAAUAAUACACAUGUCAUUUGAAAGCUCACAGACUAAUAUGCAAAGCCAUUCUCUACAUGUUUCUUUUCUCUCAGUUGCGGUAUCUUGCAGGGAAGUAAAUGGAGUAAAGAAAGGCAGAUACAUUGAUCACUCUCAUGGGUACAUGAUGAAUAUGAUUGUACAGUGAGAUCCAUGUGGAUUUUUGGACAUAUUUUUAUGGGUGACACGUCUGCUGCGUGGAUCUUUGAUAUAGUAUUUGAUUGGCAAGACAAUAAAAUGAUCUGAUAUAUA